AUCGAUUCAGGUAUUUUAGGCAUGCAUGAGGGAGUGCUGUAGCUUUAGUUUUAGAAGGAGCAGGCAGCUCUUGCAAGCCAUUUAAAUAAUAGAUACCGAGCGACUGUAAGGAGGGACACUACUGUCUUAAUUAUCCUUCUUUGUAGUGCUGAAAUCUACCCAGUAACCAGUCUGUUUGGAGAUUGAUGCUACUCACCACUGUCUAACGAGUUUUCAUCAAAAUGGCCGACCAUAUCGACAUAGACAGACUCAAGCCUAUGGCUGGUGGAGGAGGAGGAGGAGCACCAGACAAGAGACUAAACCAUCGUUACCAGCAAUACACCACCGAUAGACCACUACACUCCGACGCUUACGAUUACAGAUCUCAUUAUCACCAUCAGAUCAACCAGCAACCAAAAUUGCAAGCUUACGUUCAACAGUUGAAGUUUGAGAAGGAUCAGUUGAAUAAGCAGCUCCAUCAACUGAUGGCUGAACACGAGCAGCACAAGAAUCGUAUAAUGGAAGAACUAAAGAGAGUGAGAAGUGAGUUGGAGUGUGUCGUUCAAGACAGAGAUGAUUUCAAGUACAAAGUGACCGAGUUACAACGAGAGAAGCAGAGGCUGGCAGAGAAGCUCCAGUCCAUUGGGUCUAAUUAUGACGUGUCACGCUCGGCUGCUAGUUCCAUUGCAGACUUAAAGGCAGAGAAUGCUAAACUAAAAGAGAGGCUAGAGAAGUCACACAGUGAUAGGGAGUCAGCUGAGCUGAGGGACACUAAUAGAAAACUGGCUAAAGACCUUGAUACCUUGCAACAGAAGCUCAAAAUGGCUGAAGCAGAGAUCAUACGACUAAAGAAAUCAAAUUCAUUGAAGAUUCAGAGUAGUAGCAGUGAUGAGAGCAUUGAGGAGAAUAGAAAACAUGAGGAGACUGGGAGAUAUGAGGACGUAAAUCAGCACGUGUUCGGAAGGAGUCACAGCCACUCUGUAGUUGACCUCCAUACCAAGAGGAUAAGUAGCAGUGGACAGCUUCAUCCUAUGGGUGGUUUUGGAUCAAAGAAGCAACUGAGCUCAAGUGCCAGCAACUUACUAGAAGACAAAAGAACCGAGAACGUCAUACCUCAGCUCCAAAGCCAACUCAGCAAAGCCUUUCGUGAGAAUGAGACUCUAUCGCAGCAGGUCUCGGAGAUGAGGUCCUUUAGGGCGGAGCUUGAGUCAAAACUAAAGACAGUUGAGGCUGAGAAUGAGACACUGAGGGAUCAACUGAGUCAAGUGAAGGUGGAGAAUGCGACUGCACACGAGGAGAUGAAAGUCGUUCAAGGAAUGUCAAUGCAACAGACUACAGAGACUUAUGAGAAGAGCAUGCAACUACAGACACAGCUACUGGAACUAAAGACUGAGAAGACAUUAGCUGAGAAACAGAGAGACAUUGCUAUAAGAGAGAGAGACCGUGUCCUAACUGAUGCUAUACAAGUGAAGAAGAAGCUCGAAACCAUUAAAGCUCAGCGUCAAAAGGAUGCAAAGGAGCUCUCAGCAAUGAGAAAACUCAAAGAUAAAACCGUUGUGGAGAGUCAAGAGUCAUCAAAGCAGCUCAAGGAAUUGAAGGAUAGUCUACAAGAAGCAGAGAAGAGUUUGGCUGAUAUUGUCAAUGAAAUAAAGUCUAUUGCUGGAACUCAGCGAGAAACAGAGGUCAAGGGUUUGCUUGGUGUUUUAAAGCAACAGAAGGCAGACUACACUUCAAUGCUAAGACUAUUGUACGGCAGAGAAGUCACUGAUGAUAUAACGUCAUCUGGAGCUCUUAACAAACUGGAGAUAUUCUUCCAAGAGAAGAGUAACCUCCUUGUUGAGGUUGAGGACCUACAGCGCUCGGCCAGUAAACAGAACGAGGACUACAUAUUUGAUUUAAAGCAAACCAUUGAAGAGUUGUACAUGGAGCAGGACACACUCAAAGGGAAGAACAGGUCCAUGAUGAGCCGUGUCGGCAAACUCGAGAACGAGAGAGAGAAACUCCGUCAAGAGUGCGAGAGGCUGGACAAGCAGUGUCAGGAACUGAACGCGACUCUCACCUUCCCUUCGGCUAACAGUGAACCACACGUGGAACAAGUUGAAUGGGGAGAGAAUUGGGAGACAAAACACAUACAGAUACCACUGGGCUCUGAAGGUAAAGCUGGUUUCAGUGUCGUAGGUGGCAAAGACCAGCCUCAGUUACCGAACCCUGGAUCGUUCAUCGUAACCACUGUUAGCAAAGGAGGCCCUGCUGAUGGGAUAUUAAAGGUGGGAGAUGUUCUGGAAUGCGUUAAUGGUCAUUCUCUAAGUAAUGCCCAUCACUCGCAAGCUGUCGCCGUUGUGAAAGAAUCCAAGGGUUUACUAGAUAUUGUUCUUAAACGCCGCAAGAACGCCCAUGCACUUCAAGUAGGUGUGGCUGGUGCCAUUUUAGAAUUAGGAGAAGGAAAGAAGAAGAUGAAAUCUCACGAGUUUUCACUAAUGCUCCAAAAAGAUGGUUUUGGAUUUAAUUAUGACUGGGAGACUCAUUACUCCAUAUCAAGUAUCACAGAAGGAGGACCGGCUGAUAAGAUAUUGCAAACUGGAGACAGAAUUAUACAGGUUAAUGGGACCAAUGUGUGUAAAGAGAAGCCUAACUCGGUGAAGAAGCUCUUAAAGCCAAACAAAGGAGUACUGAGGAUUGUGAUUGAGAGAGAAGAAGAGGCAAGCAACUCACAGCUGCUCGUAUCUCCUCCUCCACUUCAAUCAAUAUCUGAGAUGUGUCCUCCCAGUAAGUCUGCCUCGGGUAGCAGUGACCACAGUAGCUCCGCCAGGAACACGUAUAGAGCUCACGUAGAACACACUGAUGUGUCCAGCUGGUGUAGCAGUGACGAUUACGGCGGAACACAAAACUCACAGGAUCAGAUCCCAUCCCAUUACCACUCACGUCCUGAUUCCUAUCACUCCGCAACACAAGAGAGCAAUGCCUCUCAGGAGCCAGUAAAAAUAGAGGGACCGAGGUCACACUUACGUUCUGGCGGCCGUUGUUACAUUGCCGAUGGACCUCAUCGACCAACCAGUGAUGGAGUGAUGUAUACGUCAGCUUAUCCUCCUAAUAAUAGAAGAGUGGAGUUUGAGGAGCUAAGCAGUGAGGUUGGUAGCACUGAUUACAGUGAGGGAGUUAGUGAGAGUUUUCUCAGUGAGCCGUCAUCUUAUCCUUACAUGCCAAUGGAGUCAUCACAGACAUCAAUUGAGCUCACUUUCCACUCGAUAUCUCAAGUAUCACACAAUAGACUCACAGUCCAAUCCACAGUAUCAACACAGCCGGAGAAGGAGAUUCAUUCUGACGAUGAUGAGUCCUACUUUGCUCGUGAUGAUGGCACCCGGACCACCUUUAGAACCCGCUCAGGGUCCGAUGGACUCAUGAGCAGUGUUAUUGGUGGGGCCUCUCAGUUUCCUGAACUGGAAAAUAGCAGCAGGAGUUUAAAGAAAUCGUCAAAGGGCAAGUCUCACAGUAAAUUUGGUCGUGGAAAGAAGAGCUGGAAGAGUGGCUCACUGUCCCAACUAUCAGAGCCACAAUAUGACCAAUAUGUUGAUUCAAAGAAGCGAUCAAGAAGCAAGUCAAUGCUGGCCAUUAGAGGGCGGAGUCGCUCGAACCUCUCACUGACCGGAGCACGAUCAAUGACCUCAGUGCAAGAGGAACCAAGAAGAUCAACUUCCAUAUCAAAUGUAGCUGAUGAAAGAGAUCCAUUGUCUGAUGCUACAUACAUUAGAGCUAACUUUGCCUACAUACCUAGACUGCAACAGGAACUCAGCAUUCAGCCUGGGAACGUGUUCCACAUUAUAGAGGAUGCCCCUGUUCGUUACAGGCGCUCGUUCUGGGUAUCAAGACUCAAUGAGGACGGGACUGAUGCUGGAGUAGGAGCUAUACCCAAUACUGAGAGGGCACAAGAGUGGCUCAACGAACAAGGAAACACCCUUGACAUAGCCUUGUAUGAAGAGGUGGAGGCAUACACUGGCACCAGACCUGUUUUAAUAUGUGGCGUACUCGCUAGUCAAAUAACCAACCUACUGGUUGAGAGCUAUCCAAAACUCUUCCACUAUUGUCAUCCAGAGUUUGUUGAAGGUACUGCUAGGAUCACUGAAGCAAGGUUGCAUCGGGAACAGAGCGAGGGCAGGAUCAUACACUAUGAGAGACAUGGGGACACUGGGUUUGCUGUAAUACCUAGAGAAGCGUUCACAUCAGACAACUCCAAAGGAAAGCAUGUGCUGGUUGGAGGAAGCAUUGCAUCGCUUCAUAGACUUAAAACAUUUGCUCCUCCAAUCUCAAUCUUAGUUAAAGCAGGAGCUGAAGAAAGCAUCAAUACGUUUGGUCCUGAUAAACUGAGUCCAGUGGAAGUGCAGAGAAUGUACGCCGAAGCCAGGAUGCUGGAAGAGGAACACAGCCACGAGUUCACAGCUUGUCUUAUGCUGGUUUUUGAGGAUACACUAUUACGACAGAUUGCAGACAUUGUCCGUCAUGAGAAAAUGAAUCAGGCCUGGGUCCGUGUUGUCAGACAGCCCAUUUCACCUUAGAAGAACUUUGAUACUCCUCUGUCUCGUUUUCUUUCCUUCUCCUCACCAAACUUUGUUUUUACGAUUUUUAUUAUGAGAUUUUUUUAAUUAAUUGUUUUUUAUAU